ACACUUGUGCAUUAGGGUUACCUGGAGCAUACAGUAUCCCAGUUUAUUUGGAGUGAGAGGGUACACCCUGGACUGGUCACCAGUCAGCAUAUGAAGUACAGGAAAACUACAUUUCACCAAACUUUUUCCAUAAGGCUGAAUGUUGUGUGGUUACCUUGAUCUUUUUUUUUUUUAUUAUUUUAGCAGCAACUUACCAACACUUUAAUCCACGUAAUCUCAUGAUGCUUCUCUAAAUCCAUCCAGUCUGUUGAGGCUCUAUAAUUAACAGCCCUGCUUUAGAAAUCUGGGUCACUAGAUUGAAGCCAGAUUCUAGUAGCAUCGUGUACUACGCUUUUGACCGAAACUGUAAGAAAUGGAAGUCCAAGAACUGGUGGACUGGAGUGUGGAUUUUUACCAGGACUCAAACUCAAACCAUCCUGUUCUCAGGAUGCCAUGGAAUUCUGAUCCACGUCCCGGCAUGUGGCAUGAACCGACGGGAGUUAAGUCUUGCAGUUCUCACUCAUUUGCCAGAGAUGCAAGGAUGAGACUUGACUAUUUAAAGUUCGGAUCUCAUCCCCAAGUACCCUGCUGUGCCAAAGAUGGAACAAUGCAUAGUGCAGAGAGUGAAAAAGACCAGGGACUACACACUGUUUUGGACUUAGUGGAGCUACUUGAAAUAAAGGAAGAUGUGGAGGAUGAAGAGACAUGGCUAUAUGAGUCUCCAAGAAGGCCAGUAUCAAUAGAUGCUGAGUCUCCCCUGAGAUGGUGUAGACAAGUCCUGGAUAACCCAAGUCCUGAGACGAAAGCUGCAUGUCAUUUGCUAACAAACAAGCUGAAUCAAAGCUCAAGCAAAAGCGUAUUCUACGGACACCAUACGGACAGUGCAUCUGUUUAUUCUUAUAACGGCAAAAGAUCGACAGACACAACACCCGAUACUUCCGACAGUUCAGAUACAAAUGCUCUGACCGUGCCCCCUGAGUUCAUAACUAGCAGCUACAAACUACAGGACAUUACAGAUGUUCACAUCAUGGCUCGUAUACAAGAGGACAGUAAGUAUACGAACCAUCCAUUACAUUCGACUCAGUUAGUGUUGACGUUGGUGUCUGUCAUCCAUGUUGUAGGUUUACGACAGGACUACAUUUCCAUGCCCACCUGCCCUGAGCCACAGGUCAGACUGCGCCAGCAAGUCACCCAGUUCAAGUUGCUUAAAAGAGCUCAGACUCGAGCCAGGACGGAGUCUCCCUUGCGGACCAGCCUUCGCUCACUCCAGGCUGUGAGAAACAGUCGAAGUUUGGACACAGAUGACUACCUCUCUGCUCAUCAAACAGCAAACACCUCGCUUCCAUCAGGUGGUUCCUCUUCCAGAAUGGGGCGAACUUGCGAGUCAUCAUUCCUUCCAACAGCACCCAAGAACUCCAAGGAUGCAUCACAAAGGUCGUCAGUGCAGACGACAGCCAUGAGGGAAGUGCAAAGGUCUCAGUCGCUCAGCCCCCGCAGGCUCCCCCACUCUGCCAAGAGAUAUUUGUCUUUUACCUCAUGUGUUCAUGCGUCACCUGAGAGGACAACCACCAUAGCUUGGGGCAGCAAUAUGCCAUCCACUCAACGGUAAAUGUUUAUAGCAGGAUGAAUGAAAGGUUGGCUUUCUUUAAGCAUGGCUUCAGCAUUGUAAAUUAUUAUUAUCAUGACAAAAGUGUUUUAGGUGCAGCUAUGAGAUGUGCCGUUAUAAUCUUCACUUAUGAUUACGCUUUAGCAUUGAAAGUCAGUGUCAAAACUAUUGUGUUGUGUGUUAUUCUGAACCACGUGUCAAUAGAUGUACUGUUCUCCUUAAUGUUUAUAGUAUUAAAGGGCAGUGCAGUUGUGUAUAAUAUAGAUAAGCGAAGCCUCACUGAAUAAACAUUUUUUUUCAGAACUAUAAAUGAUGUUGGUUCAGUGAAAUAGUAUUUCUGGCAACGAAAACAACCCCAGACGAGUGGAUGUAGCAAAUACUAACGGUGUCAAGCUAAAAAGGGCCGUCAGUCAUUCAACCAUAUUAUUUAAAAACAUAUUACACAACAUGUUCACUACUGUGUUACACGCAUGAUGGUUGACCUACUGUUGACAGUGUGUGAAUCAGUCAUCACUCCAGUUUAGGAUAUAUAAUGACUCAAAAUGUAAAAUAAACAAAUGUACAAUGGAAGAGCUAAUGGUUAAAGUUCUAAAACUGUACAAUAUAUUCACACGACUCAUCUGAAAUGGCUGUCUUCUAAAAUGUGCCUUCAGGCAGUUUUUCUUGAGUCUAGUCCGAGUCCAUGUCACUGUCGCCCCCGAUGGAUCUGAACUCUUCACUCUCCUCAUCCUCACUGAGCUGAACCUGAGAGAGCACAGCGGGGCCUCGCCUCCGUGCGUCUUCCUCUUCGUCAUCCUCCUCCUCUUCACUGUUGCCGUCAUCUUGUCUGUCUGCUCGUAGCUGCCAUAGCUGAGACAAGAGAGGGACAGACAAUGUAAAAAAACAAACAAAAAAAAAACUACUUCCUUUUGGUCUACCGCUCUCCAAGUCCAUGAAUGAUAGUUUUGCAUCCUUCUCAUCAUGACAAUGCAGCUACAUCAUAUUCACAGAUGCAUGUGAGUAUUCCCAUUCAUCCAUGUCAUUGAAACCACACGUGAUCAGCGUAUGCCUCUCAAAGUUAAUUACAAAAAAUGUGCAUGUGUGCUGUGUCAUGAUAACCCAUAUUGAGCCAACAAGGGAUGUACUUGGUCCCGUAUUGCUGCGAGAAUCAACACUAAUCUGUAAAUUCUCAAUGGUUUCAAGUGACAGCUUGACACAGGCUAUGCCAACUUGUUUGCAUCUUUCUUUAUACACUUUGCCUAGCUGUCACUAGCUGUUGUGUUGUUCGCUCUCCUCCAACUCUUUUGCUCCCCUCAUCCUCAAUAAGACUAACCUGAGAAUGUGGAGCUGGGGCUCUUCUCCGUGCGUCAUCCUCCUCGUCUUCCUCCUCCUCCUCGCUGAUACCAUCGUCAUCUGCGUUUCCCCUGCUCAAGGGCUGCAUCUGACUGCGGCUCUCUGUCUCAUCAAAGCUGCCAUAACUGAGAAGCAAAGGGGAGUGUAAGAACAGUAACAGGAAUAUU